UUAAUUUCCAAUGACAUAACGUACACUGUACAUAAAUAUGCGGCCCAUAAAUAUAAGCUACCCUAAUUUAGGAAACAUCCCAAAACAAGCUAAGCUAGCGCAGCUCCUCAACAGAUCUGAGAAUCUGACUGCUGUCCGCCUUGCGAGAUUCCCCGUCGGAUGAAGCUCCACUUCGAAGCCCGAACCUUUCUCUUCUAACCUAACCGAUUGUGAAGAUGGACUCCACAAGCUCAAAGUUACAUCAACUGCAGAAGGCGUUCGCUGAACUCGAGAGUCACCGUGCUGUUGCUCUCAACCUGAAAUGGACGCAACUGGAAGAGCAUUUUCACGGUCUCGAGAAGUCCCUGAAGAGGCGUUUCACUGAAUUGGAGGACCAGGAGAAGGAUUUUGAGUCCAAAAUCGCUCAAUCCAGAGAGUUGUUGGAGAAGCGUGAAGUAGCUGUCUUAGCUAAAGAGAAAGCUUCUCUCGAAUGCCUCCAAGAGAAAAGAGAUGCUGCGCUUUCUGCUAUUUCCAUUGCUCUCGGUAAGCACCCCAGCCCAUUUUCUGCAGGAUCUGAUGCUGUUAAUGUUGAAGAUCCAGCUGGAUCAUGCGUUCUGGAAGAAAAAGCUUCCGAUUCCACAGACACAGCCAUUGACAUAGUAGUGGACUAUGUGAAACCAUGCGAGAGUGGAGAUGUCGAGCCCAAGUCUUAUCCUGAGCUAGUUAGACUAUGCAAAGAGAUGGAUUCAGAUGGCCUACACAAAUUUAUAUCAGACAACCGUAAGAAUCUAGCUGCUAUAAGGGAGGAGAUUCCACAAGCUUUAAUGGCGGCAGCAAAUCCUGCAUCUUUAGUUUUGGAUUCACUCAGAGGUUUCUACAAUUCAGAAGUGUCAGUUCAGGAUGCUAAAAAGGACGCCAUCCUUCUAGGAAUUCGCAGAACCUGUAUAAUGUUGAUGGAGUGCCUUUGCAUGUUAUCAACUUGCGUCGCAGAGAAUAUGAAGGAACGCGCUAAAGCUGUAGCUGAAGAAUGGAAACCAAUGUUAGAUGAACUUGACGUUGAUGCUAAUUACGGGAACUCUUUGGAAGCUCAUGCGUUCUUACAGCUAGUUGCUACUUUCUGUAUUAACUCGGGAUUUGACCAGGAAGAUUUAAUCAAACUGAUACCUAUGGUUUCUCGUCGCCGUCAAAUGGCUGAUUUAUGCCGUUCCCUUGGAUUGGCUGAUAAGAUGCCAGGUGUUAUCAAUGUGUUGGCUAGUAAUGGAAGGCACAUAGAUGCUGUAAAUCUAGCUUUUGCCUUUGAGUUGACUGAGCAGUUCCCACCUGUUUCUCUACUGAAGUCUUAUUUGAAUGAAGCAUGCAAAGCUUCACCUAGCAAAUCUGGAAAUACAUCUGGUUCACAGAAUGAAAUCAAUGAGAAAGAACUAAAUGCACUGAGGGCUGUGAUAAAAUGCAUUGAGGACCAUAAGCUUGAGGAUCACUACCCUGUGGGCGCACUCCAAAAACGACUUCUUCAACUGGAGAAAGCAAAGGCAGUCAACAAAAGAGGAACAGAAGUUGCAAAACCCCAACCAAAAAGACCCCGUGCUAACUGUUUUGUAAACGGGCCCCGAUUCGCCAACAAUGCCAAUGACAAGAACUACCCAAGAAUGACUGACAGGUACCCGCAGUAUGUUUAUGACAGACCAUAUGCUUACACCGGACUGACUGAAACCCAUGGUCCCACGUUCAUGGGCACUCCAGCUUACGGAAUUUCUGUGCAUGGAAACUUCUUUGGGCAUGGGUACCAUUACCAGACUCCUUACCUGCACUAAUCAAAAGCUGUUUUAUAUGCUUUUAAACCCCCUCCCUGAGUUUGCCUAAUUUGAAAACUCUGUGAGCAACUUGUAUUAAUACUUGAGAUGCUAUAGCUUUGUUAAUUUGUAAUAUGUUGUAAUUGCUAAUACUUUGAUCCUUAAAUAUGUACUGUGUUAUGGUAUGUUCUUAUAAUUCAGUAUGAUGAAUGCAUUCCCACUGUUUAAAUGCUCAGUGUUUUCCAA